CUUGCUGAAAUAUCAGUACACUAUUUGGACACAGCAUUUUAGUUUCAUCAUGGCUUCCCGUCACUUCAACAUUCUGCUUUUAGGUCUUUUGCUGGUGUAUCCGAUCUCACAGGCUGCAGUCUUCUUAAAGCACGAGGAAGCAAGCAAUGUACUACAAAGGAACAAGAGAGCCAAUUCCUUCUUUGAAGAAUUCAAAUCAGGGUCACUGGAAAGAGAAUGCCUUGAAGAGAAGUGUUCAUUCGAAGAAGCAAGGGAAAUAUUCAAGGAUGACAAAAGGACAAUGCAAUUCUGGACACACUACACAGAUCCUAAUCAGUGUGACUCCAAUCCUUGCCAGAAUGGGGGGACGUGUAGUGACCAGUUCCAGAACUACAUUUGUAUUUGUCCUAUAGAUUACGAGGGCAGAAACUGUGAAAUUGGUCCAGAAACUAAACUAAAGUGCAUUUAUGACAAUGGUGACUGUGAUCAAUACUGCGUAGACAGCCCAACUACAUUACGGCAGUGUUUUUGUGCAGAAGGGUACAGAUUGGCAAGUGACCAAAUGUCUUGCCUUCCAGAAGUUGAAUAUCCUUGUGGGAAAAUACCUGUUCUGGCCAAAAAAAAGCCAAGUCGGCAGGGAAGAAUCGUAGGUGGAUAUACUUGUCCUCCAGGUGAAUGUCCAUGGCAAGUUCUCCUAAUAGUUGAUGGGAAAGAGAAAUGUGGCGGUGUUCUGCUUUCUCCAUCCUGGGUAGUUACAGCAGCCCAUUGCUUAGUGCAUAUACACUACCAAACACUCACAAUUAGACUAGGUGAAUACAGGGUAGAUCGUGUGGAUGGAGGUGAACAAGAAAGAAGGGUGGCUCAAAUAAUCAUCCAUGAAAAUUACUCUUCAAAAAGAGUAGACAACGACAUUGCCUUAUUGCGAUUAAAUGCACCGGUUAACUUCACAGAUCACGUGGUGCCCAUCUGCUUGCCUCCACAACGGUUUACUGCAAAUAUACUUAACUAUAUUGAAUAUUCCACUGUGAGUGGAUGGGGACGUCUCUUGGAUGGUGGGGCUACUUCAGUUGCACUGAUGCAAGUGCAGGUCCCCAGAGUCCAUAAAACAGAAUGCGUUCGGCACACUAACUUCAGUAUUACGGACAACAUGUUCUGUGCAGGGUACCUUAAUGGAACAAAAGAUUCUUGUGAGGGUGACAGUGGGGGACCUCAUGUCACCGAGUACAAGGAUACCUGGUUUUUAACAGGGAUUGUGAGUUGGGGUAGGGGAUGUGCAGCACAGGGCACAUAUGGGGUUUACACAAAUGUGGUUAAAUAUAUUCCAUGGAUAAAUAAGAGUAUGGAUUCCUAAUUUCAAACAGUUCUAAGGUGUGCUUCUCUCAUAUCUCUUUGUUCAGGUUUUUUCAAGCAUUCUUAUUUAAAUUAAAGACUGUAUCUGCAUUAA